AUUUUGCAACUCUGAACUCAAAAUAUCGACUAAAUAUAGAGAAGUAGAAUAGGAUAAUCAAUAUGCCGUCAGAUAGGAAAUGGUUCAAUCUUGAGGCUCAGACAGAUGAUGCGAUCUUUGGCGGGCAAGAACCCGCUUUUAAAUUUCUGGGUUUGACGAGGUAUCAAAGACUUGGGGGGUUUGUAUUUUGCUUUUAGCCGGUUUGGCAUGGUUUUCAAAGACAACUUGAAACAAUGUUCAAACCCGUUCGAGUGGUCGCUACAGUUUUAUUAUUCGCAAGUAUAAUAAUGACUUUUGUUUCCGCUUUCGUUCUUCCUACUAUACUUUGUAUAGUGUUCGUCAUCAUUCAAUAUAUUUGUACACUUUGGUAUUCUUUGUCAUAUAUACCUUACGCACGGACGGCUGUGAAGAGUAUGGUAGGUAUGUAAAGACCGAUCAUGUUGUAUCUUUUGACAAGAUCGGACGAUGCAUGGUUUAUUCUCUUC